ACACACACACACACACCAUAACCACAGAUUUUCUCACCAUCUGAUCAGAGGAAACAUCACCACCCUCCCUCCUUUCCACUGCCAGACCCCAGGCUCCUCCAGUCACCAUCAACAGAUUAUUUUCCACAUCUCCUUUCUUACUUGGCUUUUUUUUCUCCUCCUAUUAAUAUUUCUUUCUUUAUUUUUUUAUUUUUUGGUGGAACUUUUCAUCAUGUCUUCUCUGUUAAGAGAAGAGAUGCAGAGGGUUUUAUUCCGACCUGCUAAACACAGACUUGUGGAGUUUAUCGAGAUCGAAGAGCCGACGUUGGGACGGCAUUUUCUGUGUGUCUCGGUUGGACCCAAGAAGGUAGUGCAGGUAAGCGUGGUGCAGUGCCAGGUGUUUGUGACAGCCCAAAAGUCUGGCUCCAAGAAGUCCCAGACCCAACGCUCCAGCAUCCAGGACUGCUACAAGAAGAUGGAGACCUGGUCCCUGCAGGACUUGACCCUCGUUGAUGGACGAGACCCUGAUGUGGAUGACCCCUGUUUCCUGCUGCACUUUGAUGAGGUGCGCCCGAUAACGGCUGUGAGCUGCUCAGCUAAAUACACCAUGGUGCGUGCCCUGGUUGCCCUUAGUGACCAGUACUGUCAGAGCUCAUUGAAUCUGCAGAACUUUGACUAUGCCUACAUCAAGCCCACCACCUACUACUACAACAGAGGGGACUGUAUAGUUCUGUCAAAGAUAUGCCUCUAUGCCUGCAACUUGGUUUGCCUGUCUAUGUGUCCCGUAGCUGAUGCAUUGUAAAUAUCUCGGGUCGAUGGAAGUUGUUAUAAGGGAGGGCUUUAUUAGAGCAUUAUUGAUGUUUUGCAAUAAUAUCCUGCUAAAUGUGUGUGUGUGUGUGUGUGUGCGUGCGUGCGUGCGUGCGUGCGUGCGUGUGUGUGUGUGUGUGUGUGUGUGUGUGUGUGUGUGUGUGUGUGUGUGACAUAUACAGGUUUUAAACAGAUCGGCAUUUCUUAAUAACUGUGUUUUCUACCUUUUUCACCUUUGUUUUCCAACUGCAAUGAGCAUGCUUUUGUGUACACCGAUUUGAAUUUCACUGUAAAAUCAAAGAAAUUGUAGAAGACCAUUUGAAAAUUGUGAAUACUGGUAUUAUUUUCUUUUCUUAGAUGAAGAAUAUUGUGUUAUUUAGCAUUUAUGUAUGCUUGCAUGCAAGGCAGGUGCCACAGUAAAUCGUUCUUUGCAUUUUAAAACAUUGAAGUUGUGGUUUUUGGUUCCUUUUAACCAAAAAACAAACCUAAAUAAAAUAUUUAUCAUCA